AUGGCGGACACAGGUGCCGACAGCAGAGCGUUCCAAGACGGCGAGAAAGUUCGCCGUGCCGUCCUGGGCGAUGGCUACGUCGACAAAGCGCUCCAGAAGGGCCAGAGCGAAUACACACGGCCUCUGCAGAAAUUCAUCACCGAGUACGCCUGGGGCACUGUCUGGACAAGGCCCGAGCUGGAACGGAAGCAAAGGAGCAUCAUCAAUCUCGCAUUCCUGAUCGCCUUGAAAAGCUGGCCGGAGCUGCGACUUCAUACCAAAGGCGCAAUUCGCAACGGUCUGUCCAUCGUUGAGAUCAGAGAGGUGGUCCUUCAGUCUAUGGUCUAUUGCGGUGUCCCGGCCGGAGUAGAAGCUAUGAAGCAGACCGAGGCGGCCAUCAACGAAAUGAUCGCCGAAGGGGAGUGCCGUCCGAUGGAAUGA